AUGAGCGCGCUAGCUUUAAAACUAGGAACUUUGCUCAUCAGACAGGUUACUCGACCGGUCGCAAACGUUUUGAAAGCGCAGGCCAAACAGCACGACAAGUUCAAAGAGGUUUGCGUGGGACUUGCACAGAGAAUGCACCGGGUAGAUGCGAGAUUGAGGACGAGAUUAAGCACUGCGGAACGAGAGCUCAAGAUCCGGCCUUUGAACGACGCACGGGCCGUGGAAAACGGUGCAACACUUCUGAGCGAAGCGUUCGUUUUCGGUGUCACGGGCAGCGUAGUGGUGUGGGAAACGCUCAGACAACGCACUAAGGAGCUAAACAGACGAGACCAGGUGGCGAAGGAUAUCAGCUUUCUGCAGAGCGAGAUCGAGGAGCUGAGAGCAGCUUUACUAGCUGCAGAACCAGAAACCGAAAGGGCAUCCAAAAAACAAGAUCCCCAGAAAUAA